GUUGUAGCUUUAGAAACUUUUUAUUGUAUUUUUCGUAUUCUUUCGCUUGGUGGAAGGUUUUUAGGAAUCACUAUAGACUUUGUGCAAACACUUUUGGGAACAAUUUAAGGAACAUUAAUUUGCCAUGUCCCAGCAACGGGAUGUCAUCGAACAAAAACAGGGACCUAAUCAAAUCGUCCGGAUUCGAAGUGACAGCGAGACCAAUCUGGACGACCUCUUCAAAGCCGUGAUGCAACCAAAAAGCAAUCCGGUUCAUAACAGUUUGCCUAUGCGGAUGCGAAACUUGCCACCUUCGUUUUUUAAACAACCAGAGCGGGGAUCAAAAUCGGCGUCCCACAGCCGGGAAUCGAGCGCUGACAAUACAUUUUCGAGUCCACCACCUCAGCCCGUGACUUCUCAAAGCAGCAAUCUGAGCAGCAAUCAGAACAGUAAUAGUAGCAGCAGCAACGCCGGUUGCUCUCCGCCACCGCCUGCCCCGCAGCAACAUCCCAGUGGGCUGCCCAUCAACCACCCCCGUGCUCAUUCGUCCCCUGCGUCCCUUCAGCAAACCUACAGCAAUGCAGGUCAGCAUCAACAUUUGCGGCAACAGAGUUAUGAUAUUACAGAUACCAUUCCCCUCCCUCCUGGGUGGGAGAUGGCUAAGACCGCCUCAGGCCAGAGAUAUUUUCUCAAUCACCUGACUCAGACUACUACUUGGGAGGAUCCUAGAAAGAAACUAAGUGCAGGCUCCCUCUCCAAUUCCUCAGGUGUCACAUGUUCUAGCCCUGGCACUAGCCCUGCCUCAUCCAUCCUCAACCUUCAGACUCUAGGACCUCUCCCUGAUGGUUGGGAGCAGGCCACAACAGCUGAGGGGGAGGUAUAUUUCAUCAACCACAAGUCACGUACCACUAGCUGGUACGAUCCCCGAAUACCUGUCGCUCUGCAACAACCUCCCAUUGUGUCCAUCUUGGGUUCUAGUUCUCACAAAGAAAAUAUUUUGAAUCUUGGUCCUCCUCCAAGCAUCGUAAGUGCAGCUUCCCUACCUACUCUUGCCACGCAAACUAUCCAGCAGCAGCAGCAGAAGCUGAGACUACAGAGAUUACAAUUAGAACGAGAACGACUCCGUAUUCGACAGCAAGAAAUACUCAGAGAGGUAAAGUCAAAUUUGAGGAACGGUUCACCUACCAUUUGUGAGAUGAUUCGACAGUCACUACGAGAAGAGCCUACGUCACCCCGAGGUUCAGACUCUUCUUCGGUGGAUCCUUUUCUUGGGGAUUUCCAUUCCCGCCAAGAGAGUGGAGACAGUGGCCUCAGUCUGGGCACCAAUUAUAGUCUUCCUAAUACCCCUGAAGAUUACCUGAUGGGAAUGGAUGAAGGUAAGGAAGAUGUAAUUCUAGAUAUUGCUGAAUUAAAUUUGGAACCAAUUCCUGGUGCAACUCUUGACAUGGUUCCGGAGCAAAUGGAUUCUGAAGAUUUGGUCCCAAGUUUACAGGAGGCACUAAAUGCUGAUCUUCUAUCAGAUGUUGAAGCAAUUUUAAAUUCAAAUAAAGAAUCUGUGCUGAAGUGGCUGUGAAAUCAUUUGCUUUUGGGAGAGAUGACUGCAUCACAUC